GUUUGGAAAGCACCGGAAAGACGAGCGUCCGGGGGAAAAGCUGGACCGUAAAGGCUCCAGUAAAUGGAGCGCAGUGGAGACACAGGUUUCAGAGGAGGAGACGAUGAAGAUGAAGAUGGAGCAGGAGAGGAUCCAGGCCAAGACCCGGGAACUGCGGGAGCGUCAGGCCAGGGAACGGGACUACGCUGAAAUCCUGGACAUUAGCCGCACGUCGGAGAGGGCGUCGGAGGAGGAGCACCCGUACGCAGGCAUCAACCCCCUGAACAGCUCGGUGGACAGCGGGCACAGCCGACCCCACAGCCCCCGGGACGAAUACCCCCACGUCCAUUCACACCACCAUCAACAACUCUCAGACACCCUGUACACACAAGUCAGCAAGGGCCGCAACGACAGACCUCCAUCUGCAGACAGUAACCGGCUAACCCCUAGCAACCACGACCGGAUACAGAGGCUGAGGCAGGAGUUCCAGCAGUCCCAGAACGUCCCGGAAGACCCCGACGACCGCAGGAGGACGUACAGCUUCGAGCAGCCGUGGUCAAACAACAGCAGUAACGGUCCGGGCGGGUACAGCCAGCCGGGUCGUCACUCGGUGUCCGUCGAGGUUCAGAUGCAGAGGCAGAGACAGGAGGAGAGAGACUCGUUCGCCCAGGCACAGCGGCAGUACAGCUCCCUGCCACGGCAACCCAGGAAGAACCCCAGCACCAUCUCGCAGGACUCGUGGGACAAAGUGUACCCGCCGGGCGAGGGCUUCCAGACGGCGAAGGACAACCCCAGGUACUCCAGCUACCAGGGCUCCAGGAACGGCUACCCGGGCGGGGGCGGCGUCAACGCCCGAGUCCUCCUGGAGGCCCAGGAGCUGCUGAGGCAGGAGCAGAGGCGUCGAGAGCAGGAGGCCAAAGGGAAGCUGAUGCAGGAGAGCAGCUAUGAAGGGUACUCCACGGGGCACCUGAAGGACCCCGCGUCUCCGAAAGGGCCCUACCGCCAUGACGUGCCGCCUUCGCCGUCGCAGUUAGCGAGGCUGAAUAGAUUGGGGUCGGAGAAGGGAAGACUUUUUUACUCUUGAGGAGUUUUGUUGGACUGAUGGAAAGAAAAGCCGGACGGAGAACUUUUACACAAACAGCAGGAGUGGACGCUACACAUCUUGACAAAAGGGACGAGCUAGAGGUCAUGUAGCUUAGCGGUGAUCUUAGUGAAGUGUGGGUGUUUGUGUUCACUCCCCCCCCCCCCCCCGCUGUGCAGCUGACCUAUACUGUACAAGCGAGCGGUCCCUCCUACAGACGUGCGACGCUCAGUGCCUUCUCUGCAUCCACGGACACGAUGCUUCUUCUCGCUCGUCCAGAGACUCUGAUUCAUCCAGCGUUUUGGCAACAGUCACGUGCUGACAAUCAAAAAUGGGCAGACGGGCAAGUGAGUGGGCGCUUCCUUUGAGCCCACGGGGGGG